UCGUGCACGAGUCCAAUUUUGCGAAUCUUUAACAAGCAUAGUCCACCAAAAUUUUCAAACUAUUCCAAAUUCUGAUUUAAUCAUCGACCAUGCCAAAACCGCAAGAUCGUUCGAAAUCUAAGCAAGCACGACUAGAGCAGGAGGUUGAAUUGCUGCGCCACGAGUUGGCCACGUUACGCUUUGACAGCGACGAGUUGCAAGAAAAGCACUCGGCCCAUUUACGCCACUGUGGUGGUGGCGAAGAUUGUCGUCAGUUACAGAAUACAGCUCUCACCCAAGCGAAACGCAUUAAAAAUCAAGACAUUUAUAUAGCCUUCCUCGAGGAGCAGAUUCGGCAAACGCGUACUAAAUAUGAACAGAAAAUUGGCUCUGUCAAGGUGAGUGCCAAUCUCCUGGAUGUAGAGCUGAAAAAGGUUCGGAAACAGUUGCACGACAUUUCAAGCAAAGCACAGCAGGUCGACAAGCUUGAGCAAAAGCUACAUGGACUGCAGCAAAAGUUAAAACGGCGAGACACCAUUAUUGAGCACUAUAAUUCACAGCACACCGACAUUAUGGCCAUCAUACAUGAGCUGCAGUCCCGAAUAGGUACUAUCAAGCCAAGCAGAACGAUGGGUACCCAAACGAUCCAAGACUUGGAGAAGGAAAAGGAAGAGGACAAUCAUUUGGAAGUAGCGGGGACCGAUGAAACAUUGGAUGUACAAUUAGCGAAUGAGUUUAGUUUUGCCUUCGGAAUGGGCUAUAACACAACUACUAACUUUGCUAAUUUGACCUCAGCUCUAAAGAAUAAGUUAAAAGUCCACGCAGCAUCAUCGACGGGGCAAUGCGGCAAACCAAAUUAGAGAAGGAAGGACCUUUCUUCGGUUUCCUAUUUUAGUCUGAUUAAAAAGCUAAUACAUAUAUAAAAAAGUAGUUGCGAUAACAAGGGCUAGCUAGACGACUGACUCUUUUUAUCACAGCUAACAAACUAGGGUAAAUAAUUACCCAAAAAUAUCACAAAUAUUUCUUUUUUAUUACAUAUUUAGCUUCUGUAAAGACUAUGAUUACAAUAUGUAAUUGCCUUUUUUGAGUAAUGACAAAUUUUCACAUGUGUAUAAUGAAAAAUUUAUAAAUAUUCUUUUAAAUUAUG